AUGUUCAUCUUCAUCAUUAUAUCCAUUUCAACAAAAUUCAAAUUCAGGAAUCACAGAGACCCAAAAUUUUCACAAAUUUUUAAAUAACAAAACGCUUGGGCUAGGAGUCAAAAAGCACUGCAACUGAACGAAGAGAGAGAGAAACUAUAUACAAAGUGUGUACACAUACACUCACAUGGUAGUUUUGAAGAGAGAAAGAGAGAGAGAAAGAGAGGUGCCAUCUGUUGUACCAGAGAGAGCGCUAUUCGGGUUCUCCAAAGCCAAACCCACAGCUUUUGCACCCUAAAUUGCAUCAGAUUACUGGGUUCUGAUCCUUUCCAAUGUUGAUCAUGAUAUGCAUUGUUGAUCAUAAGGAUAUGUCAUAUUAAUGGAUGUGCUUACUUGAGAGUAUAUCGGACACUUAAUCAAAGUUAUUGCGUGCCAUUUUGGAGUUAUAAUUUCUAUUGUGAUAGACCUAUCUUGUCUUUGAGGCUAUUUGCAUAGCAAAGGGUAGACUGUGGGACUCCAGUUGGUUUGUAGUAAUGCUCAGCUCAACAAUUGAGGAUUUGUGUAAUAAUAGCUUUGGGGGUUCACAACAUGAGAAACGUAUUUUUGCCGAAGUUUUCUUUGGAAAAGAUAUUGGCAACACAAGUAAAAGGAGUCAUGUUAGCGAGUUGGUUAAUUUUGAGUGCAAGAACAGUAAGAUUGCUGACACAUCGUUAUGUUCUAACAGCGAAAACUCAGCCCUGACAAGCCAAUGUUCCUCCAAGAGUUCAUUGGUGGAUGAUUCGGAAAUGAAUGAAAAUUCUGGAGGGGCUUCUGCAUCAUGUUGUUUUCAAGAAAGAUUAGACAGGGAUGACCAAAAUACAGGUAUCAAGCGAAUGAAGUUUUCAGUUGAUGGUCCACCCAGCAGCACUGAACCAGACACAGUAAAAAUCCUCACUUCAACAGUGGUAUCUAAAGAGAUUGUUGAUGAUGUGCCUGCUGCUGAUAGAGAUACAGCUGGCCAAGAAAUAGUGUUGUAUAUAGUUGAAUCAUCCUGUCAGGGGGCUGUGUCUAGUUGCUAUCCAUCAAAGCAACAAACUAAUGGUGAUAUAUGCAAUAAGGAUGUCCCAAAAUGCAGAUUGCCAAAUGCGGAUGGAAAUGCUGGCAAGGAGGUGGUUAUUUGUAAAGCUGUUGCUUCACCCGUCUCCCAAGAGAGUUUCGCAACCAGGAUGUUUCUUACAAAUCCUUCUGCAGCAAUUAUAGAGAAGUCUGGCUCUCCUAUUCAUGCUGAGGAAAGAUUGAAGGAAUUGGAUUCACCAAGAUUGGUUGUACCCGAUUACUUGAAUAUAGAUUCUAAGAAGGAUCCUCGCCCUUUUCUCCAGAGUCAUAUUGUUCGCAUACUUUUGGCAGCAGGCUGGUUUAUUGGAAGGCGUAAGAGACCUAGUCGGAAAUAUUCGGAGACUGUUUAUCGAUCUCCCACAGGGAGGAUGUUUCGUGAGUUUCCUAAAGUUUGGAGGUUGUGUGGUGAAAUUUUAUAUGCAGAUAAAUACAAAUUGGUUCAGGAAAAUAAUUAUAAGGAAUGGACUAAUAUCAGUCAGUUUUGGUUUGAUCUCUCAGAAGCAUUGUUGAAUAUUGAGAAAGAAAUAGAUCAAACUGAUGUUGGUAAUGAGUUGGCUCAUCAAUGGAGUCUUUUAGAUCCCUUUGUUAAUGUUGUAUUCAUUGAUAGGAAGGUUGGUUUGCUAAGAAAGGGUGAUACUAUUGUUGCCUUAACGAGUGAUGAUAGUGCAUUACACCAGUCAUCUGGGAGAAAUCUGCUCUCUUGGCAUUGUGAUUCUUCUCCUGCCACUCAAAUUGCAUCAACAAUUUGGGAAGGAAACCCGCAUGGCUGUAUUCAGCAAUCCAGCGACAUAUGUUCCACAAAAUGUGGUGAACUGACAGUUGGGUUUGUCAAAGAUCAGAAAGAUGAAUCUAUUUAUGCAGAUGAGAGAGAAGAAAUGUGUUCAGUUGAUGUUGCCGGCGAGAUGGGAAAUCAGUCUUUCAGAAUGUGCAAGGACAAAGUAACCUGUCUGGACAUAGCUUCUUUACCACCUUGUGGAUCAGAAAGCACUUGUGUCCAGUUAUCUGGUUGCCAGUGUGAUGUUUCUGUUACUGAUGGAAAUGCUAACAUGCUGGUGGGAUCUGAAUCUGUUUCCCCUCAUCAAGAUAGCAGUUUGGUUGAUCUCGAUGAUGGAACUGGUCACUUGGAUUUUUCUUAUGGCCAUGAUGGACCAACUUAUACUCCAUCUGUAAAUCUGGAUGUUGCACAGGAAACUGAACUCAGUGAUGAGGACGGACAAUGCAUUGAAGCUUCAAGUUCUCAAAUCAAGGAUAAAACAGUUGUUGUGAAAAGGAAGGUGCGUAGGAAGUCAAGAAAGAUAUCUGAGAUCAGAACAACUUUUUACCAAAGCGACCAUAUUCAUACAGAAGCCAAGCAACUGGAGUCAAAAGAAGUGGAGGAAAACCUUGUUGCCAACUCAAGAAUUACAACGAGUUGCAAUAAGUUGUCAUCUACUUCUACUUUCCUACAUCAGGUUAAUGGAAAAGGCUCAAAAUUAAACAAGACGCAUAGCAAUCUUGAUGGUUUUAGAAGAGGAAAAAAGAGGCAAACUAGAUGCCUACUUAAGGAUGAUGAUCUCUUGGUGUCUGCCAUUAUUAAGAACAAAGAUUUCAGUGCAGAUGCCACGGCCUAUAAAUCAAGAGCUCAGAUGAAGCUGAAGAAUCAGAAAGGUGGCUGCAGUUUACUCCCUAGAAAUUUAAGCAAAGUGGGGAAACAAAACAUUGCUGGCAAGUGGUCAAUAAUGGGAGCUAGAACAGUUUUAUCAUGGUUGUUCCAUAUUGGGGUUAUAUCUGUCAAUGAUGUGAUUCAGUAUCGGAACCCCAAGGAUGAUGCUGUGAUUAAAGAUGGUCUGGUUAGAAAGGACGGCAUCAUGUGUAAAUGCUGCAACACAGUGCUUUCAGUUUCAAAAUUUAAGAGACAUGCUGGCUUCAAGCUGAGUCGUUCGUGUUUAAAUCUUUUCAUGGAGUCUGGUAAGCCUUUUACUCUAUGUCAGCUGCAAGCAUGGUCAGCUGAAUACAAGACUAGGAAAAGGAGAACUCAAGUGGUGCGAGCUGAUGAUGAUGAUCAAAAUGAUGAUUCAUGUGGCCGGUGUGGGGAUGGUGGUGAGUUGAUAUGCUGUGAUAACUGUCCAUCUACCUUUCAUCAGACCUGCUUGUCUACAGAGGAGCUCCCUGAAGGCAGCUGGUAUUGCCCAAACUGCACCUGUUGGAUAUGUGGGGAUUUGGUUAAUGAUAAAGAGGAUUCUUAUUCUUUUGGCAGAUUUAAAUGUUCACAGUGCGAGCACAAAUAUCAUGAAACAUGCUGGAGAAGGAAAAGUAUUUCUGAACAAGUGGCUUCUGAUACUUGGUUUUGUGGUGGAAGUUGCCAAGAGGUUUACUCAGGUCUUCAUUCUCGCGUAGGAAUCAGUAAUCAAAUUGCAGAUGGCUUUUGUUGGACACUUCUUAGAUGCAUUCAUGAAGACCAAAAGGUUCAUUCUGCCCAACGAUUUGCCCUUAAGGCAGAAUGCAACUCAAAGUUAGCUGUUGCUCUUACUAUUAUGGAAGAAUGCUUUCAAUCUAUGGUGGACCCCAGAACAGGCAUAGACAUGAUACCUCAUGUUUUAUACAAUUGGGGGUCUGAAUUUGCUCGUCUAGAUUUUCAUGGCUUCUAUACUGCGGUCUUGGAGAAAGAUGAUGUACUGUUGUCUGUAGCAUCCAUCAGGGUACAUGGAACAACAGUAGCUGAGAUGCCUCUUAUUGCCACCUGCAGUAAUUACCGUCGCCAUGGAAUGUGUCGACGCCUUAUGAAUGCUAUUGAGGAGAUGCUAAUCUCUUUCAAGGUGGAGAAGCUUGUUAUAUCUGCCAUUCCAGAUUUAGUGGAGACAUGGACAAAGGGUUUUGGCUUCACACCUGUGAGUAACAGUGAAAAACAAAGCCUGAACAAGAUAAACUUCAUGGUGUUCCCAGGAACAAUAUUGCUAAAAAAAACAUUUGCAUAGAACAAAAAAGGCAGAUGCAGGAUCUGGUUUGUGCUCCCUUUUCUAAAGAAGCCAGGUCAUUGUUCAUUAUCUUCAAUUUUCUGAAAAAUCAGUGUACUUUCUUUUUGGAACAGAACUUGUACUUCUCUUGUCUGCGAGCAUGGCAUUGAAUCUUUAAAGCAGUUUUCAAGAAACUGCUUCGACCCCCCUCCCCCCCCCC